AUGGAGGAUUGCAAAGCGCUAAACACCAACUCUUUCUGUCAAUGCUCAUUAAUAUCAAGGCUAUCAAAACGUUUUAUACUCGAGUGCGUCGCACCCAAAUCCCGUGGCAAGUUCGAAAUAUACAUCAAACCAGGAAAAUAUGUAAGGAUCGAAUGUAACAACACUAAAGCGAACGAAUAUGAGAGUUUACCAUCUAUGAAAAUUGGUGAUAGUAGAAUCGUACAUAUUAAACAUUGUCCCUUACCGGAAAGUAAACCAAUAGUAGAGCUACUUACGCACUUUGGUAUACCAAAAGUCGUUUACCUUACGUACGCCACUGACGAGCAUAGCGCCAACAUAACGAAGUAUCAUCUAAGUGGUCUGGGGUAUUUGCAAAAUUUGAAGCUAAAUUCGAAACCACUGAAAAACUCGGCAGAUUAUUUAGUUCGUAACCCAAGUAACCUCAUUUGGUUGGAACUGCGCGCUAAAAAUCGUACUUUGAGCGAACGCUUUUUAGAACCAUUACCAAAUUUAGAAUAUCUGGAUCUGGGCAACAACUUUUUGGAACACCUACCAAAUGGCGUAUUUAAAAAUCAACAUAAACUUGAGCAUCUCAAUUUACGGAAAAAUAAUUUGCGUCAACUUAAUAAGGAAGUUUUUCGUGGCGUCAACACUCUAACUGUAUUAGAUCUGAAAUCUAAUGAAAUUGAGAGUUUGGAACAUGAUGUGUUCUCACUACUCAGCAAUAUGACGAGCUUAAACCUAAAUAGGAAUCGAAUUCACGAAUUGCCCGUGGGACUAUUUGCGGCAAACGAGCAACUCACAGUAUUCAAGCUCAAGAACAACAAAGUACAACUGAAAAGUCUGCCAACAGGACUAUUCGCGAAUUUGCCAAUUUUGGAGGCAGUGCACAUCAGCUGUGGCUUGGAAACCCUACAUAUGGAUCUGUUUAAAAAUUCAACUAAAAUUACUAGCCUUAACAUGAACAAGAAUCUGCUGACAACAUUGCCGAAAAACUUGCUCAACGAUCAACAGAAGCUCCUAAGUCUUGACUUGUCACUCAAUCGAUUGCAAUCACUACCGGACACACUCUUCCAAAACACAAAACAUCUGCGCGUGCUGAAAUUAUCACACAAUCAACUCGUCGAGAUAUCAAGUGAGCUAUUCAGCCCAUUAUCCAAUCUCGAGCAUUUGUAUCUGAACAACAAUAACUUGAUCAACAUCAACUUCAACGCUUUCCGUGAUACAACCAACUUGAAAUCACUGCAAUUAGAAAAUAAUCAAAUCGGCCUCGCCAACGCCAGUGGCCUUAUUGAUUAUACCAGCUCGCCCUUCCGAUAUUUAUUUAAGCUCGAAAAACUUAAUCUCCGCAAUAACAGUAUAAAGUAUCUGCACAAGGACUGGAGGGCACAGCUGCUCGCGCUACGCAAGCUCGAUCUCAGCUAUAACAAAAUCCAUGCCUUCGCAGAUCACGACCUGCGUUUCAUCAGCAGAAAUGGGCUUGAAGUUAAUCUCACGCAUAAUCUCAUAGAGCAAAUCGACUUUAAAACCAUCAAGAACUUUAUUUUAUUCAACGAUGCUAAAGCAAUUCUCAUCGAUCUAAAUAGCAAUCCAAUCUACUGCGAUUGCGUACUAUUCCGCUUUUUAAAAUUUAUGUUCGGCGAUUCUAAAAAGUUGACUAAAAUUAAAAUCAUUGCAAAUAAUUUAAAGUGUGUGGGUCCCUCAACGCUGAAGGGGAAAGGUGUAAUGGAUCUCAGCUUAACGGAGCUAUUUUGCCCACUGGAUGAAGAAUUUACGCAAAUGAAACUAUGUCCGAAUAACUGCGAGUGUUUGGUGCGUCCUUUUGAUCUGAUACUUUUCAUGAACUGUUCGCACAGCAACAUGUCGCAUCUGCCAAAAUUACCACACUUACCCAUACUCAAAGGCAUCGUGCUAAAUGUGGCGCAUAAUAAACUUACGAAGCUACCCCUUAACACUACAACUGGAUAUGCUGAUGUCCUAGCACUGCAAGCGCCCGGAAAUCAAUUGCAAAGCAUCGAAGUUGGUAACUUACCGAACAAAUUGCAGUACUUGGAUGUACGACACAACCAGUUGCAGCGACUCAAUGCGAGUCUUGUGGAUUUCCUCAAUAGUAGCACUAGGCUACAGACAGUUUACCUCGCUCACAACCCAUGGAUCUGUGAUUGUGAGGCAAAGCCAUUGGUGGAGUUUGCAAAAAAUGUAGCAGAACGACCGAAAUUCGCUGAACAAGAUAUGGGCCACAUGCGUUGCAUUGUAAAAUCAUCGGAAAUAAGUCUCAGAUUUAUGAAGAAUGUAUCCGACAACCAAAUGUGUCCAAUUGAAAGCAAUUGUUUGGUCCACUUUGUCGUAAUACUGAUAGUAAUACAAAUCCUUGACGAACCUUUCAUCACUAAGCAGUUGGUAGCAGAACUUGAGCAUGGUCCUAUCAAAUAUAAGUUGUGCCUGCCUAAACGUGAUUGGAUUAUUGGAGAAUCUUUUACAAAGCAAAUUAAACGUUCAGUGGGUGAAUCGCAGCGUACAAUGGUGGUGCUUUCGAAAAAUUUUCUGAAAAUGUGGUCAGACAAAAAAGUCCGCAAGGCGCACAUAUCUGUAUUAUCCUUAAUGUGUAAGCAUUUGAUAGUCAUAAUCUACAAUGACAUAGAUCGCAUCGAAAGCUUGGAUGAAGACGUACAGAUGUGGCUUGCGAAGAGCACUUACAUCAAAUGGGGUCAUCCAUUAUUUUGGCCUUAUCUACGCGCUUCAUUACGGGAAGAAACUUAUAAGGAUGUAAUGGAACGUUCAAUGCCUGGAUUGAUGAUGAUGGUUUAUUAA